AUGACGACAUCGACGUGUAGAGCUCUCCUUCGAAUAAUUAAGAAGGAACCUCAUGUACCUCCCAUUUAUGUGAUAAGGAGGAGAUCUGUCUCGCAUGACACAUUGGCAGGUAUCCCCUGGAUGAGUCACAGCAGAAUUACGAAAACGAUUGAGCGUGUGUCCAAUGAGGGUCCAUAUGAUCGAAUCACUUGGGAGAGAUUAAGCGAAAGAGCAAACAAGAUAAGUAACACCUUUGACACGAAAGAAAUGGGAAGAAUACUUCAUGCCUACUCCAAAGUGAAUUAUCGUGAUGUAAAAAUAAUUUUAAAAUUCAGCGAAAAAAUAAAAAAAGGAGAUAUACAUAAAAUGGACAUGCUAUCCUGUGCCCAUAUUUGUCAUUCUUUAAAUGCGCUAAAUUAUUUUGAUAAAAAAUUAUUUGAAAUCAUAUUGUUACAAUUUAUGAAGUUACCUCCUCGACACAAUACUAAUUCCUUCCCACUUAUUGUAACUUUGAAUGCCUUUUCCAAACAUUGCAAUGAUUACUCAUUUCGUGAAAUGACAUUGAAACUUCUAAUUUUUGUUCUGAACACCUUCUCCAUGUGUAAGACUUCUUUCAGUCCACAGGGACUGGCUAUGCUCCUUAACUGCUUUUCGCAAGUGACCAAACCGACUCCCCAUUUUUUGCAAGUUGCUAAUGUUAAACUGGAUAGGAUUAACAUACAGGGAGAUUUGAAAGCGGAUCAGAUGGACUACACGCGUGGUGACCACCGAGGGGAUGUAGUUACGUUAGUGCAUGGCAGCGCGGGAGAGGAUCAGCAAGAAGUAAUCAACAAUGGUUCUUCCACUCUUGAAGGAAAAAGUACAGCGACAGUCAAAACAAGUCCAUCCUUAAGUACACUAACGCAUACAAGGAAUUACCCCAACCAGAGGGAAGAAAGUGACAUCGAGGGAGAUAUGCAUAACUGUGCGUACCACCAAAGUGUACUGGACGAAAUGGACGAUGAGAUGUUCAUUCGGGAGGGGGGUUUCCUCCGAUGGGAAGGAAAUAGUACCAAUACAAAAUGUAGUAAUGAGGGAGGGGAAGUCAUUCAAGAGAGUAAUAAUAACGUUGUAGGUAUUAAAUGCAGUGGUAGAAAAAUUUUGCAAGGUUCACCAAACGAAGCGCGUGCAGUCACUGGAGAGAGGAGCAAACAGACGGAAGAGUUGAAGAACAUGUUCCUUGCAGUACUCCUGGAAAUAACAAAAGAGGUCCACAAAAUGAACACCCAAUCGCUCUCCCUUAUAAUUAAUGCCUGUUGUAGAAUAUGGUUUGAUGUCCCGAAGGAGUUUUUGAAAAUUAUUUUUGAGGAAACCAUUAAGAAGAUCAAGCUAGCUACGAUUAGACAUUUGUCUCUAAUUAUCAAUGGGUUUAUCAAAUUAGGGGUUCCCGAGCCGGUCUACCUUUCCACCGUUUUUUCAGAAAUUGAGAAGAAGGUCCAUUCCUGCGAUGAGCAGCAGCUCAGUUUUAUCCUGAGCGGCAUGGUUAAGUUAGGCUGGGGGAGCGGUGCAUCUACUUACACUACAGGUGGCGCAUCUCCCUCUGCGGCAAGAAAUGUUGCUCCUAAUCUGGUUGGCGGUGCUGGGCAAACAUCAACGAGAAAGCAACUGUUGGACAGUAUAAAUGCAAAGUUCAUCCUCAUGGCUAGGCGAAUGAACAUAUCCACCCUCUGCAAUAUCCUCUACAGCUACACCAAGCUUGGCAUUGACCACGAAGAUGUCUAUCAAAUGUUUCAAAUAUAUUUUACCAAACAGAUCGAUCAAGCAAAUCUCCACCACCUAGCAUUAGCAUCGUACAUCGUAUCGAAAAGGAAAAUUAAAAACGACACAACUUGUAUGAUAUUGAACAGAAGCGAAAGUCUCUUGAAAAAAAUGGAAAAUCUACUUGACAUGGGUACCACGAAAUGUUUGCUCAUUUUAGUUAACAGCUUUAGCGAGCUAGGCAUUUACUCACAUGUAUUUCAUUCCCAUCUUCGUCUUCUUUUUCGUGCACUGGGCGGCGAGGCGCAGCAUGGUGAUGGUGGUGUUAACCGUUGUGGUAGUGGUGAUGAUGAAGCAGAGGGGCAAGUUCCAAAAUGGAGCGACAGUCUGACACACUCGACAGAUCCCCCACUUAAUAUGCAUCUCAUUAACAACAAAAAGGUUUACUUAUCACGGAAGGCAAUCUCCCUGUACGCUGGUACUCAUCACUUGUUGGGGAAGACAGUGGACUGA